ACUCACCUGCAGAGAUCGUCGUCUCCAAAGUCCAAACAAACGAAAAAAAAAACCUAAAACCUCCAUCGACGCCGGGGGAAGAAAUUUGUAUCAUCUACAAUCAAUUCGUUAAUCGCGAUGAAGGAAGAAGAAGUAAAUCGAUGCCAGAUUCAGAACUGGUAUCCGAAAUUCAAAUCCUUAACCAUCAAAACCAAAUUUCACAAACUUCCAGAAUCAUUCAUCAACUAUCUCAUUGACGAUUCUGGUCCGUUUCUUCUCCCUCAUUCCGUAACAAACGAAGACGCAAUGCCUAACAGAGUCCACAAUUUCGAAGAAGAAGAUGAUUUCCAAGUCCCAGAAGAAAGUUCAGAUAACGAAACAGAGCCACCAUUGAAUCGCCCUUCAUUUCCAGAACUCGAAAUCGAGAUCAGAGAAUCAAUCGAAACCCUAGGCGGCACAAUUAUACCGAAGCUGAAUUGGAGUGCACCAAAAGACGCAGCUUGGAUUAGUCCAUCACAGAAUCUAAGCUGCACUUGUUUCAAUGAGAUUGCUCUCUUGUUUCGUUCUUCAGAUUCAUUAUUCCAUGAUCUCUGCAAUGCUUAUGAUUCAUGUACUGACAAAGUCUCUUCAAGGCCACAAAGUUUCUACCUUGCUUUGAGAAAAUGGUACCCUUCUUUGAAGCCUGAGAUGGAAUUUAGAUGCUUUGUGAAAUCUAACGUGCUCGUUGGGAUUUGUCAGCGUGAAGUAACAACAUUUUACCCUGUUCUUCUCAAUGAGAAGGAUUUGAUCAAAGGGUUGAUAGAAGAGUUCUUUGAUGAUAAGAUUAGGUUUGAAUUUGAAUCACAGAAUUACACUUUUGAUGUUUAUGUGACGAAAGAGAGAAAGGUUAAGCUUGUAGAUUUCAAUACUUGGUGUGGUUCUACUUUGCCAUUGAUGUAUACUUGGGAAGAACUUGAGGAGAUUCAUGGAGAAUGUGAUGAUUUGGAAUUGAGGAUUGUGGAGAGUCGUCUCAGUGUGCUUCCUGGUUUGAAAACAGCUGUUCCUUAUGAUUAUCUUGACGUGAGUCCUGGUAGUGGUUGGGAUCAGGUUCUUAAGAUAGCGGAAGAGGAGUUUCAGAAAGAGAAUCAGAUGUCUGAUGAAGUUGCUUGAGCUUUUGGUCGAAGCAGAAGUACUUGAGAGUUCUCAACGAAGCAAGAAGAGUUAGAUUCUUGAAUAUUUGAAGACUAAGCAAGAUUUUUUUUUGUGCCUACAUCAAUAAGUGUUGUGUUCCAUU